GGUGCUGCGCGCCUGUCAGCCAUCGCCGGAGCUCCCGGCAUCUCCUCCCGCCCAACACUUCCUUCGCGCCAGAGGCCCCGGGACUGCCCGACCGGGGACUCCGUCACACUGAGUUCUUUUUGGAGGUGGAUAUCUGCUCAGACAGUAAGAAUUAUAAGAGCUCUGAGAGCUCAUUUCGAAGAAAUUAUGGAUGAACCAUCUCCCUUGGCCAAACCUCUGGAGCUGAACCAGCACUCCAGAUUCAUAAUUGGUUCCGUGUCUGAAGAUAAUUCAGAGGAUGAGAUCAGCAAUCUGGUGAAGCUGGACCUACUUGAGGAAAAGGAGGGUUCUCUGUCACCUGCUUCUGUUGGCUCAGAUACGCUCUCUGAUUUGGGAAUCUCUAGCCUACAGGAUGGCUUGGCAUUACACAUAAGGUCCAGCAUGUCUGGCUUGCACCUAGUAAAGCAAGGUCGAGACCGAAAGAAAAUAGACUCUCAGCGAGAUUUCACUGUGGCUUCUCCAGCAGAAUUUGUUACUCGCUUUGGGGGAAAUAAAGUGAUUGAGAAGGUUCUUAUUGCUAACAAUGGCAUUGCAGCAGUGAAAUGCAUGCGAUCUAUCCGUAGGUGGUCUUAUGAAAUGUUUCGAAAUGAGCGUGCAAUCCGAUUCGUUGUCAUGGUCACACCUGAAGACCUUAAAGCCAAUGCGGAAUACAUUAAAAUGGCAGAUCACUAUGUGCCAGUGCCUGGAGGACCAAACAACAACAACUAUGCAAAUGUGGAAUUAAUUCUUGAUAUUGCUAAAAGGAUCCCGGUACAAGCAGUGUGGGCUGGAUGGGGUCAUGCUUCUGAGAAUCCCAAACUACCGGAACUUCUCUUGAAAAAUGGCAUUGCCUUCAUGGGUCCUCCAAGCCAGGCCAUGUGGGCUUUGGGGGAUAAGAUUGCAUCUUCCAUAGUGGCUCAAACUGCAGGUAUUCCAACUCUUCCUUGGAGUGGCAGUGGUCUUCGUGUGGACUGGCAGGAAAAUGAUUUUUCAAAACGUAUCUUAAAUGUUCCCCAGGAACUGUAUGAAAAAGGCUAUGUGAAAGAUGUGGAUGAUGGGCUAAAGGCAGCUGAGGAAGUUGGAUAUCCAGUAAUGAUUAAGGCCUCAGAAGGAGGAGGAGGGAAGGGAAUUAGGAAAGUCAACAAUGCAGAUGACUUUCCUAACCUCUUCAGACAGGUUCAAGCUGAAGUCCCUGGAUCUCCUAUAUUUGUGAUGAGACUAGCCAAACAAUCUCGUCAUCUGGAAGUACAGAUCUUAGCAGAUCAGUAUGGCAAUGCUAUCUCUUUGUUUGGUCGUGAUUGCUCCGUACAGCGCAGACAUCAGAAAAUUAUUGAAGAGGCACCUGCUGCUAUUGCUACUCCUGCAGUAUUUGAGCAUAUGGAACAGUGUGCGGUGAAGCUUGCCAAAAUGGUUGGGUAUGUGAGUGCUGGUACUGUGGAAUACUUGUACAGCCAGGAUGGCAGCUUCUACUUCCUAGAAUUGAAUCCUCGGCUACAGGUGGAGCACCCUUGUACAGAGAUGGUGGCUGAUGUCAAUCUCCCUGCAGCACAACUCCAGAUUGCCAUGGGGAUCCCUUUGUAUAGAAUUAAGGAUAUCCGUAUGAUGUAUGGCGUAUCUCCCUGGGGUGAUGCUCCCAUUGAUUUCGAAAAUUCUGCUCAUGUUCCAUGCCCAAGGGGCCAUGUUAUUGCUGCUCGGAUCACUAGUGAAAAUCCAGAUGAGGGUUUCAAGCCCAGCUCAGGAACAGUUCAGGAAUUAAAUUUCCGCAGCAAUAAGAAUGUUUGGGGUUACUUUAGUGUUGCUGCUGCAGGGGGACUUCAUGAAUUUGCUGAUUCUCAGUUUGGUCACUGCUUUUCCUGGGGAGAAAACAGAGAGGAAGCAAUUUCAAAUAUGGUGGUGGCCUUGAAGGAGCUGUCUAUUCGGGGUGACUUCCGAACUACAGUUGAAUACCUGAUCAAAUUGUUAGAGACUGAAAGCUUUCAAUUGAACAGAAUUGACACUGGCUGGCUGGACAGAUUAAUAGCAGAAAAAGUACAGGCAGAACGCCCUGAUACCAUGUUGGGAGUUGUGUGUGGGGCUCUCCACGUGGCAGAUGUGAGCCUACGGAAUAGCAUCUCUAACUUCCUUCACUCCUUGGAAAGGGGCCAAGUCCUUCCUGCUCACACACUUCUGAAUACAGUAGAUGUUGAACUUAUCUAUGAGGGAGUCAAGUAUGUACUUAAGGUGACGCGACAGUCACCCAACUCCUAUGUGGUGAUCAUGAAUGGCUCUUGUGUGGAAGUAGAUGUGCAUCGGCUGAGUGAUGGAGGAUUGCUCUUGUCCUAUGAUGGCAGCAGUUAUACCACAUACAUGAAGGAAGAAGUGGAUAGAUACCGCAUCACGAUUGGCAACAAAACCUGUGUGUUUGAGAAAGAAAAUGACCCAUCAGUGAUGCGCUCACCUUCUGCUGGGAAGUUAAUCCAGUACAUUGUAGAGGAUGGAGGUCAUGUGUUUGCUGGCCAGUGCUAUGCUGAGAUUGAGGUGAUGAAGAUGGUGAUGACCUUAACAGCUGCAGAGUCUGGUUGUAUCCAUUAUGUCAAGCGGCCUGGAGCUGCUCUUGACCCUGGCUGUGUGAUAGCCAAAAUGCAGUUGGACAACCCCAGCAAAGUUCAGCAGGCUGAGCUUCACACGGGUAGUCUGCCACGGAUCCAGAGCACAGCACUCAGAGGCGAGAAGCUCCAUCGAGUGUUCCACUAUGUCCUGGAUAAUCUGGUCAACGUAAUGAAUGGAUAUUGCCUUCCAGAUCCUUUCUUUACCAGCAGGGUAAAAGACUGGGUAGAGCGAUUGAUGAAAACCCUCAGAGAUCCCUCUCUGCCUCUCCUAGAAUUGCAAGAUAUUAUGACCAGUGUCUCUGGCCGGAUUCCCCCCAAUGUGGAGAAGUCUAUCAAGAAGGAAAUGGCUCAGUAUGCUAGCAACAUCACAUCAGUCCUCUGUCAGUUUCCCAGCCAACAGAUUGCCAACAUCCUCGAUAGCCAUGCAGCUACACUGAACCGGAAAUCUGAACGGGAAGUCUUCUUUAUGAACACUCAGAGCAUUGUCCAACUGGUACAAAGGUACCGAAGUGGCAUCCGAGGCCACAUGAAGGCUGUGGUGAUGGAUCUCCUCCGGCAGUACCUGCGUGUAGAGACACAGUUCCAGAAUGGUCAUUACGACAAAUGUGUGUUCGCCCUUCGAGAAGAGAACAAAAGUGACAUGAACACUGUACUGAACUACAUCUUCUCUCAUGCUCAAGUCACCAAGAAGAAUCUUCUGGUCACAAUGCUUAUCGAUCAGUUGUGUGGCCGGGACCCUACUCUGACUGAUGAGCUGCUGAAUAUUCUCACAGAGCUAACUCAACUCAGCAAGACCACCAAUGCUAAAGUGGCACUGCGAGCACGCCAGGUUCUUAUUGCCUCCCAUUUGCCAUCAUAUGAGCUUCGUCAUAACCAAGUAGAGUCUAUCUUCUUGUCGGCUAUUGACAUGUAUGGACAUCAGUUUUGCAUUGAGAACCUGCAGAAACUCAUCUUAUCUGAAACAUCUAUUUUUGAUGUUCUACCAAACUUCUUCUAUCAUAGCAACCAGGUGGUGAGGAUGGCAGCUCUGGAGGUAUAUGUUCGAAGGGCUUAUAUUGCCUAUGAACUUAACAGUGUACAACACCGCCAGCUUAAGGACAACACCUGCGUGGUAGAAUUCCAGUUCAUGCUGCCCACAUCUCAUCCAAACAGAGGGAACAUCCCCACGCUAAACAGAAUGUCCUUCUCCUCCAACCUCAACCACUAUGGCAUGACUCAUGUAGCUAGUGUCAGCGAUGUGCUAUUGGACAACUCAUUCACUCCACCAUGUCAGCGAAUGGGCGGAAUGGUUUCUUUUCGGACUUUUGAAGAUUUUGUCAGGAUCUUUGAUGAAGUGAUGGGCUGCUUCUGUGACUCCCCACCCCAGAGCCCCACAUUCCCUGAGGCGGGUCACACAUCUUUAUACGAUGAAGAUAAGGUCCCUAGGGAUGAACCAAUUCAUAUUCUGAAUGUGGCUAUCAAGACUGACUGUGACAUUGAGGACGACAGGCUUGCAGCUAUGUUCAGGGAGUUUACCCAGCAAAAUAAAGCUACCCUGGUUGAGCAUGGGAUCCGGCGCCUUACUUUCCUGGUUGCACAAAAGGAUUUCAGAAAACAGGUCAACUAUGAGGUGGAUCAAAGAUUUCAUAGAGAAUUCCCUAAAUUUUUUACAUUCCGAGCAAGGGAUAAGUUUGAGGAGGAUCGUAUCUACCGUCACCUGGAGCCUGCUCUUGCUUUCCAGUUAGAGCUGAACCGGAUGAGAAAUUUUGAUCUAACUGCUAUUCCAUGUGCUAAUCACAAAAUGCACCUCUAUCUUGGGGCAGCCAAGGUGGAAGUGGGCACAGAAGUAACAGACUACAGGUUCUUUGUUCGUGCAAUCAUCAGACAUUCUGAUCUGGUCACUAAGGAAGCUUCUUUUGAAUAUCUACAAAAUGAAGGGGAACGGCUGCUCUUGGAAGCCAUGGAUGAGUUGGAAGUUGCUUUUAACAAUACAAAUGUCCGCACUGACUGUAACCACAUCUUCCUGAACUUUGUACCCACAGUCAUUAUGGACCCAUCAAAGAUCGAGGAAUCUGUGCGGAGCAUGGUAAUGCGCUACGGAAGUCGGCUGUGGAAAUUGCGCGUCCUCCAGGCAGAACUGAAAAUCAACAUUCGCCUGACACCAACUGGAAAAGCAAUUCCUAUCCGCCUCUUCCUGACAAACGAGUCUGGCUAUUACUUGGACAUCAGCCUAUACAAAGAAGUGACUGACUCCAGGACAGCACAGAUCAUGUUUCAGGCAUAUGGAGACAAGCAGGGACCACUGCAUGGAAUGUUAAUCAAUACUCCCUAUGUGACCAAAGAUCUGCUUCAAUCAAAGAGGUUCCAGGCACAAUCCCUAGGGACAACAUACAUAUAUGAUAUCCCAGAGAUGUUUCGGCAGUCCCUGAUCAAACUCUGGGAGUCUAUGUCUACUCAAGCAUUCCUUCCAUCAACCCCUCUGCCUUCUGACAUACUGACAUAUACUGAACUGGUAUUGGAUGAUCAAGGUCAGCUGGUCCACAUGAACAGGCUUCCAGGAGGAAAUGAGAUUGGCAUGGUAGCUUGGAAAAUGACCCUUAAAAGUCCUGAGUAUCCAGAAGGCCGAGAUAUCAUUGUUAUUGGCAAUGACAUCACAUAUCGAAUUGGGUCCUUUGGGCCUCAGGAGGAUUUGCUGUUUCUCAGAGCUUCUGAACUUGCCAGGGCAGAUGGUAUUCCACGCAUCUAUGUAGCCGCCAACAGUGGAGCAAGAAUUGGACUGGCAGAAGAAAUUCGUCAUAUGUUUCAUGUGGCCUGGGUAGAUCCUGAGGAUCCCUACAAGGGAUACAAGUAUUUAUACCUGACCCCUCAAGACUAUAAGAGAGUCAGUGCUCUCAACUCUGUCCAUUGUGAGCAUGUGGAGGAUGAAGGAGAAUCCAGGUACAAGAUAACAGAUAUUAUUGGGAAAGAAGAAGGACUUGGAGCAGAGAACCUUCGAGGUUCUGGAAUGAUUGCUGGAGAAUCCUCACUGGCCUAUGAUGAGAUCAUCACCAUCAGCCUGGUGACAUGCCGGGCUAUUGGGAUUGGGGCUUACCUUGUCCGGCUAGGACAGAGAACCAUCCAGGUUGAGAAUUCUCACUUAAUUCUAACAGGAGCUGGGGCCCUCAACAAAGUUCUUGGGCGGGAAGUAUAUACCUCCAAUAAUCAGCUCGGGGGCAUCCAGAUCAUGCACAACAAUGGGGUGACCCACUGUACCGUUUGUGAUGACUUUGAAGGGGUUUUCACUGUCCUGCACUGGCUGUCUUACAUGCCUAAGAGUGUGCACAGUUCAGUUCCUCUUCUGGACUCUAAGGAUCCCAUAGACAGAAUCAUCGAGUUUGUUCCCACAAAGGCACCAUAUGAUCCUCGAUGGAUGCUAGCAGGCCGUCCUCACCCAACCCAAAAAGGUCAGUGGUUGAGUGGAUUUUUUGACUAUGGAUCUUUCUCAGAGAUUAUGCAACCCUGGGCACAGACUGUGGUGGUUGGUAGAGCCAGGCUUGGGGGAAUACCUGUGGGAGUUGUUGCUGUGGAAACCCGAACAGUAGAACUAAGUAUCCCAGCUGAUCCUGCAAACCUGGAUUCUGAAGCCAAGAUAAUCCAGCAAGCUGGCCAGGUUUGGUUCCCAGACUCGGCGUUCAAGACCUAUCAGGCUAUCAAGGACUUCAACCGGGAAGGGCUCCCUCUGAUGGUCUUUGCCAACUGGAGAGGAUUCUCUGGUGGGAUGAAAGAUAUGUACGAUCAAGUGCUGAAGUUUGGUGCUUACAUCGUGGACAGCUUAAGGGAGUGCUCCCAGCCUGUGAUGGUUUACAUUCCUCCCCAGGCAGAGCUGCGAGGUGGCUCCUGGGUUGUGAUUGACCCCACUAUCAACCCCCGGCACAUGGAGAUGUAUGCUGACCGAGAAAGCAGGGGAUCCGUUUUGGAGCCAGAAGGGACAGUAGAAAUCAAAUUCCGCAGAAAGGAUCUGGUGAAAACCAUGCGUAGGGUGGACCCAGUCUACAUCCGCUUGGCUGAGCGAUUGGGCACCCCAGAGCUAAGCCCAGCUGAGCGGAAGGAGCUGGAGAACAAGUUGAAGGAGCGGGAAGAAUUCCUGAUUCCCAUUUACCAUCAGGUAGCCGUGCAGUUUGCUGACUUGCACGACACACCAGGCCGGAUGCAGGAGAAGGGUGUUAUUAACGACAUCCUGGAUUGGAAGACAUCCCGUACCUUUUUCUACUGGCGGCUGAGGCGUCUCCUGCUGGAGGAUCUAGUCAAGAAGAAAAUCCACAAUGCCAACCCUGAGCUGACCGACGGCCAGAUCCAGGCCAUGUUAAGGCGCUGGUUUGUGGAAGUGGAAGGAACAGUGAAGGCCUAUGUUUGGGACAAUAAUAAGGAUCUGGUGGAGUGGCUGGAGAAACAGCUGACAGAGGAAGAUGGUGUUCGCUCAGUAAUAGAAGAGAACAUCAAGUGUAUCAGCAGAGACUACGUCCUCAAACAGAUCCGCAGCUUGGUCCAGGCCAAUCCAGAGGUUGCUAUGGAUUCCAUCGUCCAUAUGACCCAGCACAUCUCACCCACUCAGCGAGCAGAAGUCGUUCGGAUCCUCUCCACAAUGGACUCCCCUUCCACGUUAUGCAUGACAUCCUGGGAUGUAGGAUCACAAAGCCCCCUCCAGCCUACCAGUCAUGCCUGUUCCACUCAGUAUUUAUUACUCUGGCUCUGGCUCCAGUCCUCUCCCUGCACAACACCGAGAAGGCAAUGAAGGGUACAAGCAUGUACCCUGAGGUCUUGCUCCCAAGCCAGGCUGCCCCUCCUGUCCUGACAGCUCCUGAGCCCCAGUACAGGGAAGGGUGAGGAGUUGCUGGGCACUCAGCAGCUCCCCUCACCCCUGGCCCCAUGAGCCGAAGCCACAGGCUGAAGAGGAGGGCAGGGGUUGAGUUUUCGGCCGAGCACCAGGUCUGGGGAGAAAAAGGAAGCCUCAGGUCCGCUGUUCAUUAUCCCAACACUCAGCCCGACACACACUAGGCACUGGAGAGGAAUGGUUCCUAGUUUAACCACACUGAGGUACCUAUUUAUAAAGAAAAAUUAAAGCAUGAAAUCCGUAAGCUCCAUGGGGACUCAGAGAGGGCAAAACCAUGAUCCAAGAAGCAGGGAAAGAAAAUACACCAAGUUUUGUUCUUGAUUUAGGGGAGCCUCAACCUUGGGUUAAGUUCUCUUAGGACAAGUGGAAAGAUGGCUGGCCUGCCUCUGGCCUGCAUGUCACUGCUUGACUAGCUGUUGCAUCUGGCUGGGAGCUGCAAGGCCAGUGAGAGACCCAGCCUUCUGCCAGGGGUCCCACAGGCAGUGCUACAACUCGAGUUGACAGAGGAGGAGCCAGAGGGAACUACCCUUGCUGGCACUGGUGGAAACUAGUUGCUCGUGCCACGUGCAGAGCAGGCCAGACAGUGUCUCUUCCUAGGACUCGGAAGGCUGUUACUAUGAAGCCUGGUGCUCUGGUGGUUAAAAGACAUUAACAGUGCCUACAGUCACUCAUCUGUUUCCAGGCGACUCUCCUAGUGGCUGACAUUCCUACUCUCUCUGGGCCUCGUUUUUUCCCUGGAAUGUAAACAGGCAACAGAUGCAGCAGGUCUCCCACAGCUGCUGAAAGAACACCUGGUGACAGCCCUGCUCAGCACCAGGAACUGGCCUUCCCUGCGUGGGGAGGCUUCCGGGAAACAGAAUCCACACAACCUUAUGAUGAUUUACAACUCAGUCAUGGUGCUGCUGUCUUCCGGGCUUACUGGUCCCUCCCGGCCAGCAGCAGGGGCUUCCUCGGGGGUGGUGGAGAGAAUUCAUCAACAACUGGCUUAUUCAAGAAGAGAACUCACUGAUUCCCCAUUGGUCUUCCUAAAGCAAGAGUGGCAGGUGAUCAGGGCUGGUGUAGCAUCCGGUUCCUACAGUGCAGCUAAUUGCAUUUGUCACUGACGACCAAAGAGGAAAUCACUAAGGCGUUUUAGAAGCAGUGGUAUGAAUACUUUCGCACAAGCUACAGUUUUGAGCCUUAACCCUAUAGUUCACACACAAGAGUGAGCUCCACCUCCCCUUCUUCAGGAGCUGUUUGUGCAGAUGGACUGACUGGACUUCAGCAGUUCCAGACUGCAGAUGGGCACUGUGAGGCUGACUCCCCCGGGAGUCAGGGCCUCCGCCAGGCUGCCCCAGUGGGAGGUACAGGUGUUUGGCACCUUCAAAGAAGGGCAUACAAAGGCGGAGGACAACUCUCGGUCCAAGAAGAUGCAUUUACUGUUGCUGGUCAUUUGGGUAUUCAUUUUUGACCAGAUUAUUCCUCUAUACUUGUCUGAGUAAAUCAAACCCCACAUCCCUACAGGUGGUACAAAGUCCUGCUCUCCUCAGGGGCUUGUCCUUGCAUUUCUCAGAGGCAGGUGGGUUACCUUGCUUACCUUCCUGCUCUCCAUCACAUUAUGACACAAACGAGUAAGUGUCCUCUCUACGAACCCUGUAAUGCCUACUGCCCCAUCCCUGGAAAUCCUUGUUUUAGGUCUUACCCUGGACAAGGAUCUUCCAUAGGGAUACAUCAGAAAGAGCCACAGAACAUGAGCAGUCUGAUAUUCCCACAGCCCGUUACACAUACAAGGUUACUGAGGCAGGAGGAUAAAUGAUGUAUUGACCAAGACUUGCUUGAACUGAGACUGCCAUAUUAUCUAUCCACUUUGUUCACAAAGCAGCCUUCACUUGUCUCAGAAUUCAAUGGACACAUAAACCUGAUGAGCAAGGAGCUUCCAAUGCACUCUUCACGUUUUGUUGAAAUAAACCUCCACAUUUGUAGAAGCGUCA